GUUUGAACAUCGCCUGGGUAGGCACUCUCGAUCUUGAUCCCUUUCCAGAUACUCCCUCAAUCUCGAACCCGUCCAGCCCAUCUCAAACAACAUGUCGUCCUGCACAGUCUGUAAAAGAGGACCGCCCCAGAUCACCCUAAGAAACUGCGCAAAGUGCUCCACAAUACCAUACUGCUCCCGCGACUACCAACCCAUCAACCGGCCCUUUACAAAGCUGGACAACGGCACCUGGCUCCACGACCGGCCCGAGGCGGACGUCUACCGCCUCCUUGUUGACGCCUAUCGGCUGCGCGUCGAGGACUACAUCUACGGCGGCGCGGAGGACGGACUGGAAGGGUUCCGGCGGGUUAUGAAGAAAGCUGCGAAGCGGAAGGGGCUGUUGCCCGCUUGGUGGUGUCCCAAGAAGCAGGCGGCGUGCGAGCGCUUGGACGGGGCGGAGGGGGAUGAUGGAGAUGAUGAUAAUGAUGAUUAUUAUUAUGACUUGGGGUCCGCUGUCGAGAAGGCUGAUAUUAUUGAGCGGUAUGGCAACCCGCGGUUCCCGAUACAGCUGCGUAUAUUUGCCGAGGCGGUGAAUUUGAGGGGUCCUGGUGGGCAGGAUGGUUCGUCGAUGAGGAAGAUGAUGGCUUCGAUGGAGGGCGGGGCGUAUGGGUCUGCGGCGAUGAGAUCGACUAUUGAUACCACUACGAUGAACAGGUCGGAUUUUAGGUCGUGA